CGACAUUGCCCUUUUCAAGCAGCGACACCAUGGCGACAUCGAACCCCAUCACUGUGCACUACUGGGCUGGCCGCGGUAUGUGUGAGCCGCUUCGUGUGGCGCUAGCGGCGGUCGGCGCGCCCUUCACCAACCAGUUUCUCGAGACCAAGGCCGACCUCGCGGCGCUUCGCGAUGCCAACGAGCUCACGUAUGGCCAAGUGCCCAUGGUCGAAAUGGACGAUUGCAAGUUUGUCCAAGUGCAGGCGACGCUGCUGUACCUUGCGCACAAGCACAACAUGUACCCGGCCGACUUGAAGGCGCAGUAUUUAUGUGAUGCGACAAUGGCCGCCUGCGCCGACGCACGCCGCCCGCUCACGCGGUAUCCUUUUACCCUGGAUGGCACUGAGGUCAAGGCCAACUUCAAUUUUGCUCGGUACCCGGCCAAGUGGAACGAACUGCUUUCGGGGCGCGACUACCUUCUUGGCGCCAACGUCUCGAUGGCUGACGUGACUAUGUGGGAAGUUCUCGAUUUUUACGAAGACAUUUUUGGGACUGCUGUGUUUCGCAACGAUUUCAAGGCGUAUCCCGCGCUCCUGGCGCACUACGACCGCGUCGGGCAAAUGGGCAACUUGACGCAGUGGCAGGCCGCUCGGUCGACGGCAUUUGUCGACUGUGCCACGUACGCCCGCCACGUCAAUCAAACGCUGUACGAGUAACUAGCCCGUCUUAACCCUUCAUGCCCCAUCAACCACGAUAACCGAUACGACACCUUUGUCAUGUACGAGGACUACAGUACUAACACACGAGUGCACUCGACUGACGCACAC